AUGGCAGCAAGCGAAAGUGAAGGAAGUUACGGAGCUAUGCUGAGUUCGUUUACAACCUCCGUGAAGGCUGAUUUGGAUAGUCCCGUAACAUCCAAUUUUGGAAAUCGUAUUGUCGAAUAUCGUGCUGAGGCACAGCGAAUUGUUGAAGAAGCUGAAGGCUAUACGGUGGAUUUCGAACGGCUACGUAAGGCUGCAAAAGAAGUGGAAGAUACUUUAGUGAUUCUUUCAAGGCAACUUCUCGCUUUUGGGCAAACAGCUAAAGAGAUCGCUACCAAGUGGACUUCUAGAUCAGAAUCGCAGUAUGAAUCUGAUGUGGCUGUUAUACUCAUGAAAAUGGAGUGCCAUAUCAAGUGGAAAUCUUACGUGAAAUUCGCUAAUCGAGGGGUGGAACGGUCAUGCCGUGAUUAUGAAAAUAAAUAUAUGAAAGCGGAAGCUGAUGCAAGGAAGCAUGCAAAACACGCUGGUUAUACCAGAAGUCAGUUGGGUCAUGGUGAACUGGCGGAACAGUUGACACGAGAAAGACUAAUGGUGCAAUACGAGCUAUGCAAGUUCCUGAUGUCUGUUGAUUCGAUAGAAGAUCGCCGCGGUCCACAGUUGUUGCGACACUUCAUGGAACUUGUUCGCAAUCAGAAUUCUUAUUAUAUGAAUCGAGUGAGAGUAAAUGAGGAUUUCCGACAAGAUAUGACUAAGUUGGAGGAGCGAAUGAUGACACGAAAUGCAAAUCGUUGUGCUAAGCGGAAUGCACUUUGGGAUUUAAAAGGCCAGUUGGAAGCGAAUGAUGAAUUUGCACGUUCCGCUUCAGGACGUCGGUCAUCGGGGCGUGACUCAAUGAAUCUUGGCAGCCGUCUAUCCGGUAUUAAUUUAAUCAGUGCCAGUAGUGCACUUUUGACGGAUAAUGAUCCGUUAAGUGAAUUGGCCACAAGUACAGCUUUCUUCCCAGAUCUUGAUUUCACUCAAUCCGGUUAUUUGUACAAGAAAAGUAACAAGAAGUUGCACAAGCAAUGGCAAAAGCGUCGUUGCCGUAUUGAGGAUGGGCAUUUCUGGCUGUCACAUUCUGAUGAAUCUAUACCACCAACGAAGCUGAGUCUUCUUGUAUCGGAUUGUAAGCCAUCAACCGAUGAUCCAAAAACCUUCGAUUUAUAUUGUCGUGAGAGGACAUAUCAUCUCCAAGCUGAUUCAGAAACUGAUGCAAAAAGAUGGAUGCUUGCAUUAAAACGAGAAAUAACAAGAGUUAAGACGAAGAUGCUGUCGGCUGAAACACCUCAGGGAAGUGAAGGCGGUAGUAGCGGUGCUGUUUCAGAAUUGUACGAAAGAAAAAUGUGUAUCGCAAAAGUGCGGCAGCUUCCUGGUAACAGCAUAUGUGCUGAUUGCUCAUCAAAAGAAGAUGUGCAGUGGUUGUCAAAUAUUGGUGCACUAGUCUGUAUUGCUUGUAGUGGUGUACAUCGUGAAUUGGGUGUCCAUGUAAGUAGGAUACAAUCACUAAAUUUGGAUGUUAUAUCACCGCUGGAAUUUUUUGUACCACUUUCAUCAGGUAACGUUGUAAUUAACCGUUUGUUCGAAUAUGAUGCGGCCAAAUGUGCAACAUGGAAACCAAUUCCAGGAUGUACAAGAUUUGAUCGUCAACGUUUCAUUCAAAUGAAGUACCGUGAUCGCGCUUUUGUACAAAAACUUGAUGAUCCCGAUGUAUCUCUAACUGAAGCGUUUAAUGAUUGCGAUUUUGAGAAUGCAUACAGAGCACUGCUUAGUUCAAAUUUAACGAGAAAGCCAUUUUUACAAAAUGGACCGUUUCAUCAAAUGGUUUUGCGCGGUACUUCGUUGUCAUUGCCCGUUGCGGAUUUGGUCAUGCAGCUAAGAAUUGAGAUUCCCGAUAUGGAAACAAUAAUGAUGGAUUGCAUCCGCUCUGGAAAUGCCGAUAUGGUGGCUAUUUUAUUACGCUACCGCUCUUUAAGCUCUACUGUUCGUGGCAUACAUUUGCAUUCACUUAUUACAUGUUCUGAGAAAGCUCAACAAAAGAAAAUUACUGAAAUGUUGCGCUCACUGCAGCUGGGUGAUAGUACGCAGGUGCAAAAUGUGGCUGUUCCACCAAUUUUGUUUGUUUCGACGCCUGAUUCUGCAUCACUCAGUCGAUCGUCAUCUUCCGUUUCGCCUUGUCCACAUCUCCCUCCUGAUUCAAUUGCUUCGCAGAAUUUCACAUCGAAACCAGUUAAUGUCCUCAUGCGAAAUGGUACUACUAUCUCCGUUCCGCGAUCAUCCUUAUCAAUGGAAGAAAUUAGAAGCAAUCGCUUAUCCAAGCAAACUUUUGUUGCUAAUGAACCCGCUCAUUCUUCCGUUGGUGAAGGUGUGGUACAGAUCACUAUCUCGGGCCCUUCUUCAUCAGAAACUUAUGCUCAUAACAACACACAGCCAAGUAGUUCCAUGAACUCUGAUGGAGAAAAAGAUUUACUGACAUUCGAACUACCACUCUGUACUUCGACACCAUCAUCUAUUAUAUCCUCUGCACGCACAGUUGCACCUUCAAAUCAUUAUUCUCAGACAUUGGCGUCUGUCCCGAUUUCUUCCCCAUUACCAAUUUCUGCUGCACCGACGCAAAGCAAUGCAAAGUGUUAUAUUCGAUCAGCUAGUGAAUAUUCACGAACUACAAACUAUUCUGAAAAUAACAGUAGAUCAGGAACGGUUAGAUCUCUUCCAGGACAUCUCGCUCCACAAUCCAGUUCCACCAAAGGUAGUGAUGGAGUGGUGGAAACAACAUUGCCGAUCGCUGCUUCGAUGAGCCUUAAUCCUAUCCCUUUGAAUGCUCAGAAGCAUGCGAUGAAUAUAUAUGUAGUCGCUCCUGGAAAAGAAGAAAUAAUUGAUAAAGAGAAAUGUGUUGCGGAGACACGGGAUGAGAGAGAAGGAUCUAUAAGAAAUCCACAUCUUACGGAUGAGCAAGAAACGGUCAAAGCAACUUCAUUGGCUUUGGACCAGGUACGUUCAAAUUUCACGUCGUGUGAUGAGCAUCCUCGCUCUUCUUUAAUGAAUCCAUUAGCAGCAAAUGGUUUACAGCGGGAAAUGCCUCGAUAUAUUUCGAAAAGUAAGCGAUUAACACGACCAGCUCCUGCACCACCAGCAUUAUUCGGUGUCAAACUAAAACCGCCGAUUCCGGCGCCAAGACGUUUGCCAUCUAUUACUAGAGAAAACAAACAGAGAGAUUGUGCACGACGCUGUCGAGCUCUAUAUGAUUGUAAAGCUGAUAAUUCUGAUGAGUUAUCAUUUCGGCAAGGUGAUAUAAUAGUGAUUACGAAAGAAAAGAUUAUUGGUGAAAAUGAUACUUGGAUGGAAGGAUACUUGGAAAAUAAUCCGUUAUGCAGAGGUGUAUUUCCGAUAACGUUCGUGACAUUCCUUUCUUGAAUAUUAUUCUUACCUGAGCAUUUGCAAUUAUCAGGAUAUAUUGAAAUCGUCAUUCAAAUCGUUAAUGAGCUAUUAGUUUAUGAGCUUUAGCUUUAUUUAUUGCAUAUCAGUUAUUCUUGAUAUUCUUGUUUGCUAGAAGAAAAGUGUAUUACAAACAGCAUUUUUUGCAAAAUUCUACAAUUUGGG